AUGGCUUCAUUAGCUGUAACUUUUUGUUUCCUCGUUGCUGUUUUUUGCUUCAUUGGAAACAAUGUUGAAGCUAGAGAAAGUAAGCUCUUCUUUAGCAAGUUCACUCACGUAGAUCAUCCUAACAGCAAAGAAGUAGCACAAACCACAGCUCCCGCUCCAGGCCUAGCACAAGCCAAUGGAAGACUCGGUGAUGGGCCUUUUGGGCCAGGUUCAGGUAUGAUUCCUCAAACCAAAGAGUCAUGGCCAGUUUCAUCAACGACCACAGACGAAGAGUUCGAGAAAUUGAUGGCUACAUUUGACGAAGAAAAGAACAACAACAACCAAUUACCGGAAGAGUUUGAGAAGGAAGAAGAGUCCCAAGAUUCAGAAGAUCUUAGUGAGCAGAAGAACAGGUACAACAAUAAUGGAUACACUUAUAAUGAUAAUAACAGGAGAGGUUACGGUAAUGAAGAAGAGAGACAAGAGAUGAAAGAUACAAGGUUUGCAGAGAACGGUAAGUACUACUACGACACAAGAGGUAAGAGUUAUGAAAAUAACCCUAGUCGCAGGUAUGAGAGUUCUCGAGGAAAUGAUCAUCCAUACGAGUUUGACACUAUGGAGGAAUACUACAAGAGCUUGGAAGGUAGUCAUGAGGAGUUUCAGCCUUGA